GCCUCUAACCCCGGUCAGUUCGAGAUGGACGGGGACGCCCUGUGGCAGCGCGGGGCGGUGCAGGACGCCGUGGUCUGUCAAGGCCGAGUCGGCAUCAACACCGACUGCCCCGACGAGGCGUUAGUCGUCUGUGGUAACGCCAAGGUGAUGGGCGCCGUCAUGCAGCCAUCGGACUGCCGCGCCAAGGAGAACAUACAGGAGGUUGACGCUGAGCAGCAGCUGAAGAGAAUCACUCAGAUGAGAAUCGUUGAGUUUGAUUAUAAACCCGAGUUUGCCUCCGUCAUGGGGAUCGACCACACCCACCAGACAGGUAUAAUAGCUCAGGAGGUGAAGGAGCUGCUGCCAUCGGCGGUGACGGAGGUCGGAGACAUUUCCUGUUCUGACGGAAAGAUGAUUCAUAACUUCCUCAUGGUGGACAAA